AUGUUGGAUCUGCACAAGACUGGGUCGUUACAUAUUGUUCCACAACCGUUUAUCGAUCUAUAUCCACAGCAGAUGCGGUAUGGCCCUGGGCAGACUAGAAAGGAUGACGACGAGGCUGGCCUACCUGUAAACGCAGCCAUUUUACCGACUUCCUUUCUCAGCUCAGGCUUCAAGCGGAGGCAGCAGUCUCAACCUGAAUCAGUCAUUCCAGCCAAACCUGUUCAGACACCAUCUUCACCUUUGUUUGGUUAUAACAGAAUACAGAUAGCCGGUCGGCGAGUGAGGUACCAAUCCUGGGAUUUCCAUCUAACUCUUCGCAAGGAAACAGGACUGCGCGUUUACGGAGUAUACUUUGCUGGACACAGUAUAAUCUCAGAAGCUGGCCUAGAUGAGACAGUUACCUCUUAUUGGGGCUAUUCGCCCUUCAUGCGAGCCAUGACUUCCCUUGAGUCUAUGUAUGGGGUUGGUGCGAUGUCUUCAGAACUGAGUCCAGGAAUUGACUGCCCCAAAGAAGCGGUUUACUUGCCUGUACGGCUGGUUUUGUCUGGAGAAUCUGGACCAAAAGUGCUGAAGCACGGGAUAUGUCUGUUCGAUUGGCUUGUUCAACCUCCGGGUGGCCCACUGAGAAGACAUUUUGAGUUUCCAGGUGGCCGCUCAGAAGCGUCGGGGGGCUCGGAAACCACAGAACACACUAAUUUCGCUUUCGGCACGCCUUCACGUGCCCUCGUUGUACGCUCAGUCGCAAGCAUAUUCAACUAUGAUUAUGUUUUUGAUAUUGUGUUCCAUGCUUCUGGAGUGAUUGAAUUUUCGGUUACCCCAACGGGUUAUAUUCAUGUGGAUACAGUCCCUCCGAAUUGGUUUUCCAAUCCCUCAAAUCAGAGUUGGUACGAAAAAAGUGCUUUUGGCUUUGUUUCCAACACAAUGCCACUUUACUUUGUGGCGCAUCAACAUUUAUUCCACUACAAACUCGAUAUUGAUCUUCGGAGCUCUCGAAAUUUCGUGAAGGUAAUCAAUGUUCAUGGUCCGGCGAACUACCCCGGUUCCCCUGUCUCUGAACCACCCACUUUGUGGAUGUCCAGCCGAAUACCAAGGAGUGAACUGGAGGCUCGGUUCCAUACUCAGUUUGAGUACCCAAAACAAUACUUAGUCUGUGAAACUCAGCGUGAAGAGAAACAAGAAAACCCA